AGUUAAUCGAAAUGUUCAUAUUGUGAAUUACUUUCAACAACUCUCCUAAUAUAUGAUGUAAUCUAUCGAGAUUCAGCAUAGAAAGAAUUGUUGUUUGUUAAAGGGGAUUUAAAACUAACUUUUGAAAAGUAUGUAUCAACCUAAUAACAAUAAUAAUAAUACUUCUCAUUAUUGUCCAGAAUACUCAAUGGGAAAUUGUUCAUUAUGUAAUCACGCAAAUUAUGGUAAUGAAUAUUUACAUUCAGAAAAUGACACUAACAGUGAUACUUCAUUCCAAAAUUUGUAUAAUAUGUCAAACUCUUUAUCAUAUCCACUACUUUGCAGGGAGUUUCAUAAUACGCUAACUACUAAUACUGAUUCUCAAAAUAUAGCUUCAGCAGAUACAAUGCAAUCAGAUAUAUCAACAAAUUAUGAUACUACAUUAUUAAUGAAUACAAUAAGAGAUUUUGGAUGGCCAUAUUUUGAAAAAUCCACUUCUGCUUUUUCUUUAUGUUCACAUGGAAAAUCUAAUUUCAGUUCAAGUUAUCGUGAUUGUCGUCUGCGUUAUAUUAAACAAACAAGAAAACUACAAAAAUAUCUUCGUGUUACACCUGAAGGUCAUAUAUUAGUGAAUAAUCCGAAAAUUGAACAUCACCAUAUACUACAUCAUAGUUUACAUCAAUCACCUGGUACUCAAUCUUACAAUAAUUCCAAAAUCAAUACAUUGGAAUGUAAAGGUAACUUAAGUAAAUUUACUACAAAUGGUCAGGAUUUAUGCAAUAAUCCAUUUGGUUCAUUAAUUAGCACACCAAAAAUUAAACGUAUAUACACAGCAUUUUGGAAUUUGGAACCACGUGAAAGUAUCACUGUACACAAAUUACCUUCAUCAAAGACUACAACAUUUACAGAAUCAACAACUUCAUCUCUGAAUCAUUAUACAAAUGGUUAUGAUUACUUAAAUAGUACUAAUCAUGGACAAAUUGAUGAGUUGGAAUUCCCAACGCAUAAUAAUAGUGAUAACAAUAAGGAUAUUACACCAAACACUCCACAGUUAGAACCUUUAAUUGAAGAUUCUAUAAACGAUAAAAUAACAGAUUAUCAGAUCUAGUCAUGAAAUCAAAAUAAUUUAGAAUAUAUUUAUAUAUUUUUAUUUAUUUCCUUUUCAAUUCAUUACUUCGCCCUAAUUUAUUAAAACGAAAACAAUUAAAAUCAACAAUAGAUUAUUCUCUUAGAUCUGUAUACAUAUGCAUAUUUUUUAUGUACAUAACAAAAUGCAUUUAUCAACUGAACUAGACUUUUAUUUCUGGUAUAAUAUCCUGCUGCUGGUACUACUGCUGCUGAUGAUGACGAUGACGAUUAUGUUGAUGGUGAUACAGAUAUUAAUGACUGAAGUAUAAGGGAAAGUUUCUUGCUGGUAUUUGAUCAACCAUUUAAACAAAUACCAAAAAUUAAAUGGGGCGGAAAUCUGGAGAACUACGAAAGCCAUCAUCCAGAUGAUACAGGUGUUUAUUAACAGUUGUCUACGCAAAAUACUUCGGAUCCGUUGGCCGGACACUAUAAGCAACAACGUACUGUGGGAGAGAACAAACCAGAUCCCAGCGGAGGAAGAAAUCAGGAAGACUGGUUGGGAGUGGAUAGGACACACAUUGAGGAAAGCACCCAACUGUGUCACAAGACAAGCCCUCACAUGGAAUCCUCAACGCCAAAGGAGAAGAGGAAGACCAAAGAACACGUUACGCCGGGAAAUAGGGAUAGACAUGAGAAAAAUGAACAAGAAUUGUAUGGAACUAGAAAAGAAGGCCGAGGACAGAGUGGGUUGGAGAAUGUUGGUCGGCGGCCUAUGCUCCAUUAGGAGUAACAGACGUGUUUUCAAAGUUAUUCGUUAUCAAUAAUCAGG